AUGGGUUCCAUUGGUCAACACCUUGCCGAGCUUGACGGCUCCAACUUCAACAUUACCCGGUCCACCAACCUGCGGGAUGUGCCUCUUCCUGGCUCACCAGAAGAGCUGAGCCACUCGUAUUGCACUGACCAUAUGGUCACUGUGCGGUGGACAGCAACAAAUGGCUGGGAUACACCAGAGGUGAAGCCUUACCAGAAUCUGAGCAUCCCACCGACAGCUUCGUGCCUUCACUAUGCCACAGAGUGUUUCGAGGGUAUGAAGGUGUACCGCGGUUAUGACGGCAAGCUGCGUCUAUUCCGCCCCGACUGCAACGGUGAUCGUCUCAACACCAGCUCACAACGGUCGUCCCUACCCGGCUUCAAGUACGACGAGUUGAAGAAGCUGGUAGGCAAAUUGAUGCAGAUUGACGGCUCGCGCUGGCUACCCAAGGAACGUCCGGGCACAUUCCUUUAUAUUCGGCCUACCAUCAUCGGCAAUGGUCCUCACCUUGGCGUCCAAAUUCCCAAGGAAGCUCUUCUAUUUAUCAUCGCCGUCCCCUGGCCCGAUUUCACCACCAUGAAGAAGGAAGGCCAGACCGAGCCCUCAAAGGGACUGAGACUUUACGGCUCCAACCCGGAAACCAUCCGCGCCUGGCCAGGCGGCUUUGGAUAUGCCAAGCUCGGUGCCAAUUAUGGUCCCUCGCUGCAGGCGCACGGGCAGGCACAGGCAUUGGGCUUUGAUCAGAUUCUCUGGCUAUUCGGCGAGGACCGACAAGUGACGGAGGCCGGCGCUAGUAACUUCUUCAUUAUCUGGCACAAUGCCGAUACGGGAAAACUGGAGCUUGUGACUGCUCCGCUGGAGAAUCAGCUGAUUUUGCCUGGCAUUACUCGACGUAGUGUCUUGGAGCUGGUCUCUGAAAAGCUUUCUAAGAAGGCAGUGGGCUCUUUGGAGCCGCUGCAGGUUGUUGAACGAACCUUGACUAUUGGAGAGAUUCAGAAGGCUGCGAAUGAGGGUCGAAUCGUGGAGUCAUUCGUCUCAGGCACUGCUUAUUUCAUCACUCCUGUUGCCAUGAUUCGCAACAACGAUACUGAUAUCAGUACGCUGCGCCCUGAUGGCCAGUCUGCAGGCUAUGCUGCGCAGAUUAAGUUGUGGUUGGAGGCCAUCAUGUAUGGCAAGGAAGAGCACGAAUGGGCCUAUGUCAUUGAACAAGAAGAGAAAUAG